AUGAACAAUACAACACGACUGACUUUCGAGAGGUUUGCCGGCAUCACUUACAAGACUUGGGUUACACCCAUCAAAGGCACAAAUUUACACAACACCCGCAGUGGCAUUGGUGGCUUUGCCGAUCGUGUUGGUGCUUUUGCUUUUGCUUUAACUCCUCUGACUAUCGCCCUGUGUAGCCGCGACUCCAUUCUCAGCAUGCUUACUGGCAUUCCAUAUCAAAGCUUCAACUUCUUGCACCGCUGGACGGGCCGCAUCAUCCUUGUCCAAUCGUUCAUACAUGCCAUUAUCUGGACUAUCGUUGAAGGAAAGCUAUACCAGCCGCAACCUACAACCUACAAUGAAUGGAUCAGCCAAAGGUACAUGAUCUGGGGUUGCGUCGCGCAAGGCUUCAUCACUUUCCUGUUCGUCUUUAGUCUCAGGCCGGUAAUCCGCUGGACGGGUUACGAGUUCUUCCGCAAGUCACAUCUCAUCGUCGCUGGCCUUUACUUGGGAGCCUGUUGGGGCCAUUGGGAGAGGCUAUCAUGCUGGAUGAUCGCAUCGUUGGCCAUUAUGGGGUUCGAUCUUGUCGCUCGUAGCGUUCGCACCUGGCUCAUACACACUGUAUACAAAGACGGAGGUCUUGGUUUCGGCUUUCGAUCUAUUCCUACAACCAUGGAGACAUUUAAAGAUCCGACUGGGACCAUUGUACGGAUGACGUUUGCUCACAGCCACAACGCUUGGGAGAUCGGCCAACACUUCUACCUCACGUUCCCUGCACUCAACAUCUGGCAGUCGCAUCCAUUCACGCCGGCUUCCAACCCUACAAGCUCCUCCCCAGUUCAGAGCCAUACGUACAUUAUCCGCGCUUGCAAAGGCGAGACUGCGAGACUUGCUUCUCUCGCUAAGUCGGCCGCCAACUGCUAUCCACGUCGCGAAGCGUCGACGCCAGUCAUUAUGACGGGCCCAUACGGCAGCGCGAUUACGAAUGACGAGGUCUCGAACGUUCUCGCCAUCUCUGGUGGCACGGGGAUUACCUACACCCUUCCAGUUAUCAUCAGUGCGUUGAGCGACGCUUCCCCUGCGCGCAACAUUGAACUAGUCUGGACUAUACGACACCUGGAGAACCUUGCCUGGAUUGCGUCCGAACUGGCGUAUCUGAAGUCACAACUCGAUGGAUCCCAGAUAGAUUCACCCUAUAACGAGGAUAAGCUAGAGAAGGCACCGAUAGUGUCAGUGGAGACGAAGAAGCGCUUCAGAAUCCGUAUCUUUGUAACUCGACCCGAUACGAGGAAGCAUCAACAGCCUUCUCGUCAGCUUCACAGCGACAAGGGCGACGAUUUUGGUGACAAAAUUCCACUGUCGCAAAGUCCCUCCACCGACUCAACGUUACUUGACCACCGGAUUGAGGAGUUCAGCCGCCAAUGCCCUAACUUUAGUAUUACAUGGCUAAACAAUGCGCGGCCGGAUGUUCCCUCUCUGGUUGAUGCGUUCAUGAGGGACACAGUCGAGAAGGGUAGAACGCAAGUCAUUGGGUCAGGCCCACCUGAGUUGGGUACGCAGCUAAGAGCUGCUGUUGCGGCGAAGAACAUGCCAGGGAAUGUAUGGCGAGGCGAUAAGGCGAGUGAUGUCGAGUGCGUCUGGGACGAUCGCAUGGGUUGA